AUGCCGCUAAAACAUUAUCUCCUCCUGCUGUUGGGAUGUCAUGCCUGGAGCAUCGGGCUGGCUUACUAUGGCUGCCCGAGCGAAUGUACCUGCUCCAGGUCGUCGCAGGUGGAGUGCACAGGGGCGCGCAUCGUGACAGUGCCCUCCCCUCUCCCCUGGAACGCCAUGAGCUUGCAGAUUCUCAACACACACAUCACUGAACUCAAUGAAUCUCCCUUCCUCAACAUCUCCGACCUCAUCGCCCUGAGGAUAGAGAAGAAUGAGCUGUCGCACAUCAUGCCUGGUGCCUUUCGCAGCCUAGGCUCCCUGCGUUACCUCAGCCUUGCCAAUAAUAGACUGCGGGUGCUGCCCGUUGGCCUCUUCCAAGGCCUGGACAACCUCGAGUCCCUCUUACUGUCCAGCAACCAGCUGACGCAGAUCCAGCCAGGGCACUUUUCGCCAUGUGGUAAUCUCAAGGAGCUGCAGCUUCAUGGCAACCACCUAGAAUACGUGCCCGAUGGCGCUUUCGACCACAUGGUUGGUCUCACCAAGCUCAACCUGGGCAAGAAUAAUCUGAACCACCUGUCACCCCGGAUCUUCCAGCACCUGGGCAACCUCCAGGUGCUCCGACUGUAUGAGAAUCGGCUCUCUGACAUCCCCAUGGGCACUUUCGACGGGCUGCACAACCUCGAAGAGCUGGCCUUGCAGCAGAAUCAGAUCGGCAUGCUCUCUCCCGGCCUCUUCCACAACAACAGGAACCUGCAGAAGCUCUACCUGUCCAACAACCACAUCUCCCAGCUCCCCCAGGGCAUCUUCAUGCAACUGCCUCAGCUCAACCGUCUCACGCUCUUUGGGAAUUCCCUCAAGGAGCUUUCCCCAGGGAUCUUUGGGCCCAUGCACAACCUGCGUGAGCUCUGGCUCUACGACAACCACAUCAGCUCUCUGCCAGACAAUGUCUUCAGCAGCCUGCCUCAACUGCAGGUGCUGAUCCUCAGCCGAAACCAGAUCAAGCACAUCUCUCCAGGUGCCUUCAACGGGCUGGUGGAGCUGCGGGAGCUGUCACUCCACACCAACGCACUCCAGGACCUGGACGCCAGCGUCUUCCGCAUGCUGACCAACCUGCAGAACAUAUCGCUGCAGAACAACCGCCUCCAGCAACUCCCCGGGAACCUCUUCUCCCACAUCAACGGCCUCAUGACGAUUCAGCUGCAGAACAACCAGCUGGAGAAUCUGCCCAUAGGCAUCUUCAGUCACCUGAACAACCUGUGUGAACUGCGGCUCUACGACAACCCGUGGCGGUGUGACUCAGACAUCCUCCCACUGCGCGACUGGCUGCUGCUCAACAAACUCAGGCUGGGCACAGACAGCCUGCCUGUGUGUUUCAGCCCUGCCAAUGUCCGCGGCCAGCCCCUCAUCAUCAUCAAUGUCAACGUCAACACCCCCAGUGUCCAGGUCCCUGUGAUGCCCGAGAGCCCUGUCUACCCAGAAACACCCCAAUACCCUGACACCUCCAGCUACAUUGACACCACGUCUGUCUCCUCGACUACCACUGACUACACCAGCACCAUGGAGGACUACACAGAUCUGAGCACCAUCCAGGUCACUGAAGAGAGAGGCAUGACCCGGGCCCAAAGCGGACUGGCCAUCGCGGCCAUUGUCAUCGGCCUCAUUGCCUUGGCGUGCUCGCUGGCUGCCUGCAUCUGCUGCUGCUGCUGCAAGCAGAGGAGCCAAGCGGUUAUGAUGCAGAUGAAGGCACCCAAUGAGUGCUAG